GCUCAGGCCAGCCUCUGCCCCCUGCCCUUUCCAGGCCACCAUGCAGGAGCUGAACGAGAGCAGCUCCGACGCCAUCACCUUCGUCCUGACUGGCAUCCCGGGCCUGGAGCAGUGCCAGGGCUGGCUCUCCGUGCCCUUCUGCCUCAUGUACCUCACGGCCCUCCUGGCCAACGCCUUCCUCCUCGCCGCCAUCGCCACCCAGAGCAGCCUGCACCAGCCCAUGUACCUCCUGCUGGCCAUGCUGGCGCUCUCCGACCUGCUGCUCUCCACCGCCACCGUGCCCCAGGCCUUGGCCAUCUUCUGGCUGGGCGCCCGCGAGACCUCCUUCGCCGCCUGCGUCACGCAGAUGUUCUUCGCCCACUUCGGCUUCCUCCUGGAGUCCUCUGCGCUGCUGGCCAUGGCCUGGGACCGCUACGUGGCCGUCUGCCACCCGCUGCGCUACUCCGCCAUCCUCACCGGCCCCGUCGUGGCCAAGCUGGCUCUCAGCGCCGUGCUCAGGGCCUUCUGCAUCAUGUUCCCCCCCAUCUUCCUCCUCAAGAGGCUGCCCUACUGCGGGCACAGGGUGAUGCCCCACACCUACUGCGAGCACAUGGGCAUCGCCCGCCUGGCCUGCGCCGACAUCCGCGCCAACGUCUGGUACGGGCUGGCCACGGCGCUGCUCACCUCCGGCCUCGACGCGCUCCUCAUCGCCGCCUCCUACGCCCUCAUCCUCAGGGCUGUCUUCGGGCUGCCUUCCCCCGAGGCUCGCCGCAAGAGCCUGAGCACCUGCGGCUCGCACCUCUGCGCCAUCCUCCUCUUCUACCUCCCUGCCUUCUUCUCCUUCCUGGCUCACCGCUUCGGCCGCCGCAGCGUCCCCGCCCGGGCGCACAUCCUCCUGGCCAACCUCUACGUGCUGGUGCCCCCCGCGCUCAACCCCAUCGUCUACGGGGUGAGGACCAAGCAGAUCCGGGAGACAGCCCUCAGGCUCCUCUGCCCCGCUGGGGGCUGGGGCUGGCCGGUUUGGAGGAGGAGAGGGUGA